AUGGUUUCUCCGAGUCUUGCAUCCCUGACGACUUCUCCGAGGAGUGUUCCAGGGAACCAGGACACUGACGAACAAUCUCAUGCACCAAAACAACGGACAUUUACAUGCUCUCGUCAAGGCCAUCGCCAGGAAGAUAAAAGAGAGGAGACAUUCACUUACAGUAGGCCUGAAACACGAUGUGGUUGUGAUGCCCGUAUGAAGAUUAGCCUUAGAGAUGGAUUUUAUUAUGUGUAUGAAUUCGAGGCGUCACAUAACCACACUCUUGCUAAUGGACUCAUGGCCCAAUACUUGAGAUCCCAGAGAAAAGUGACAGAAGCACAGAUAGCAAACGCAGAGGUUGCAAAGUCAGUUGGCAUUUCAAAUAAAGCAACAAUCGAUUUGAUGGCUAAAGAAGCAGGUGGAAGUGAAAACCUUGGCUUUACACCUCCAGAUAUGAAAAAUUGUUUGUACUCAAAGAGAACAAUAAAAGCAAAGGUAGGUGACACAGGGGGGGUAUUAGAAUACAUGGAGAAAAAGGUCUCAGAAGAUGUCAACUUCUUCUAUUCAAUUCAAGUGGAUGAGGAUGAGUUGAUAACUAAUAUUUUUUGGGCCGACUCCAAAAUGGUUUCAGACUAUGCAAUGUUCGGCGAUGUUAUAUGCUUUGACACCACAUACAGAAAACUAGAUGAUGGACGUCCAUUUGGUUUGAUUGUCGGGGUGAAUAAUCAUAAGAAAACUAUUGUCUUUGGUGCUCCACUUCUAUAUGAUGAAACCGCUGCUAGUUUUGCUUGGCUUUUCAGAACUUUCCUAAAAGUUAUGUCAGGAAAACAUCCACGUACAAUUCUCACCGAUGAAGAUGCGGCAAUGGCGAAGGCAAUUCGUGAAGUCUUUCCUCACUCUCACCAUAGACUUUGUGUGUGGCAUAUGAAUCAAAAUGCUUGCAAGCACCUCGCCGGAGUUGUUGACGAAUAUAAGAAGUUCAAUGUUGAUUUUCAGCACUGUAUAUAUGAUAUAGAAGAGGAGGAUGAAUUUGUAGGUGCAUGGGAUAAAAUGAUUGACAAGUAUGGACUGCGUGACAAUGAAUGGCUGCAAAGGCUAUUUGAGAAAAAGGAACACUGGGCACUAGUGUAUGGUAAAAAUACGUUCUCUGCCCACAUGAGCACUACCCAAAGAAGUGAAAGCAUGAACAAUGAACUGAAAAUAGCUGCUCGUGCCGCUGAGUCCGAAGAAUCAUACUAUAAGGCUGCUAAGUGUGCAGAGCAAUUAGCACAAGAUGUGGAGAAAUGCUUGAAGAUUAGAGCUGAUCCAGAUUUGGUUAGCGCCGAUACACAUUUGGUUCAUGUUGAUCCAGAUUUGGUUCGCGCUGAUCCAGAUUUGGUUAGUGCUAAUCCAGAUUUGGGUAACUCCAGUACUAAAGAAGGAACGAACAUCGCCUCUAGUAGAAUUUUAAAACACGAUGAGGGGCUUGCAAAACCAAAAGGUACGAAGGUCAAGGAGAAGACUGUGAAAGGAUCAAAAAGACCCGUUGGUGGAUUUGAGAAAGCAACUUCAAAGAAGAAAAAGAACACAAAUGAUAUUGUGCAUCUAGAGCCUCGUGGCCCCUCAACGGGUCCUUUGAAGAAAGCAACUUUAAAGAAGAAAAAGAACACAAAUGAUAUUAUACAACUACAGCCUCAUGACCCGCCGACGGGUCAUCCGACAAAUAACAUGUACACCUCGCUGCAGGGUACCGUUGGGGCCUCUAACUCUGGUUUGAUGACAGGAGAAAAUCAAGACUUCCUCCAUCAACCGAAUCCAACAUCUAUCCUAAAUGCUUCAAUGCUGCAAUCCAGUGGUCAUACCAUCCCAAUGCCACCGCAGAUCCAAGAACACGGCAAUACUCCAGUGGUAUAAGCAGUCCACACUUUCAUUUCAAGUAUAGUUUCAGAACUUCAAUGAAACUAAACUUCUCUAAUUUUUUGCACAGGGUCAUCCAACAAAUUACAUGUAUACAUAUUUACAACAGCAACAUUCCACGCUGAAUUCCUCACUGCAAGGGAGCAUUGGGACCUCUGACUCUAGUUUGAUGACAGGACAAAAUCAAUUCUUUCUCAAUCAACCGAAGCCAACCUAAUCUAUUCUGUAAAAGGAAUAGUUUUAUCGCAUGUGUGUUAGACUUCCAAGCUACAAGUGAUUUUUAUUUGAACUUGUAUGAACCAGUUUUUUUUUCUUUUUGAAUGCUACUCCA